AUCAAACCCACGCAUCAAUUCGUAACAACACAUUUAUUUAGUAAGAAUAGUAUGCUGCAAAAGCCAUUUGUUAAAUAAAUGUGAAAUUGUCCACUAUUGUCUAUAGUGAUCUUAAUGACUACUGCUUUUGUAUGAUGAAUUCAUUACAAAGUUGGAAGAUGGGCCUAUAACAACAACAUGAAAAAGUUUUUACGGCUGGAUGGCGUGGCAUGAUUGAUUGGUACAUGCCACAACAACAAUGGACUCAAAUGAUCUUAUCUCCAAGAGACGGGAAGAAUACAGGAAGUGUUGGCGUAACUGGAAAGGUAAGGCUGGAAAACUAUCCUUUGACUGCAAUCCAAUGACAGCUAUUGGUGCUAUGGCGAUUGUAUUGGGUGCGUUUUUGUGGAAUGUUUUGGACCCAGAAAGUCAUUCUUCUUUGCAUGCUGUUACUCAGUGGAUAACAGACACAUGGACUUGGUUGUUUGUUAUGCAGCAAGUGAUUUGGACCAUCAUUGUUCUUGUUAUUUACGCGAAGUGGAGACAUGUCAAGCUUGGUAAGGAGGAUGAUAUUCCAAAAUACGGAAACUACACAUACUUUGCAAUGUCUUUCUGCACUGGCUUUAGUGCUGCAAAAUUUCCAAGCGCAGUGGAUGGGGUAAUAACACACUACAUGAAUAAUGGAACGACCAUGGUGCAUUUAGGAAGAGUGGGCCACGACGAAAGAGCGCAAAACGCAAUAAACAUGAAUUUAUUUUUAUGGGGAUUUCAUGGCUCAUCAAUCUUUUGUUUACCAUCGUUGCUCUUAUCCUUCUUGGCGUAUCGCAAGGGUCUUCCAGCAACAAUGAGAUCGUGUUUCUAUCCAUUAUUAGGAAAAUCUAUUCAAGGCAUAUUUGGAGAUUUAGUUGAUAUUAUUGCAAUAGUUGCAAUAAUCUUUGGUGCUACAGUGGGACUUAAUUACGGAUCGAGUGCGAUUGUUGGAGGGAUAAACAAUCAAUUUCCGGAUAUACAAUUGAAUAAAGAAAAUCAAAUUAUUGCCAUUUGGUCCAUGAUUGGGAUUGGAACUGUUUCUAUUUUGACUGGUAUUGGAUUGGGAAUAAAACGCUUGUCACAGCUUACUUUGUCUUUUGGCAUUUGCGUGCUUCUGACAAUAUUAUUUUGUGACGAAACAAUGUUCUUGCUCAAUGUCUUCGUCCAAUCAUUUGGUUACUACUUCCAGCAUGUCAUUGGUUUGUCUUUGCACACUGGAGCGUUUACUCAAAAAGAUAACUUUCCUGAACAAUCUGCAGACACACAAAACUGGAUGCAUAACAACACAAUUUUCUUUUGGGCGUGGUGGAUAGCCUUGGCACCACUAUCAAGUAUCUUCACAGCACGCAUCAGUAGAGGUAGAACUAUUGGAGAAGUCAUCAAUUUUACCUUCUUUGCUCCAACCUUGUUUAUUUUUGCAUGGUUUUCCAUCAUCGGAGGUGCUACUUUGAAUAUGCAACAUAACGCCUUAAAAGCAGGAAUAUCAUGCUCAAUGUAUAGAAAAGGUGAAAGAAUAUCGUCUAUGUGGAAUACAACAGACAUGGAACCGUACAAAAACGUUCAGAGACUUGACUGUAGAAUGGGUGCGGGUCGUCUCUAUGACCUCUUAAAUGGCUAUGAAAAUGUCUCAAAGUUCUUAUACUUCUGUGUCAUCGUCGCCAUAAUUCUUCAGUUUUCCACUCAAGUUGACAGUUCCUCGUACGUCACAGAUGGUAUCUCCUCAAAUGGAGGGGAAAACAAGUCAGCUGCACAGAAAGUGUUAUGGGCGAUCCUGUUGGGUACUUCGGCGACAGCUUUCACGUAUUUCGGAUCUGCUAACAUGAGUUCAAUUGUUAUUAUUGCGGCUUGCCCAUUUCUCUUGUUGUACAAUUGCUCUUGCUAUGCUUUGUGCAAAGUUCUCAGUAAAGAAGAAAAUUGGAAAAUACCCGAUUGUAAUUUUGAAACCGACUGGUGCAUGAGAUUUGGUCAUAUUAAAGACAUGGCUCGACUAAAAAAGGUUCUUUUAGCAAUAGUCGCUCCAUGGUAUUUUAUUGGUAAUAUAGCAUUGCAUUAUAGAAGGCGUGAAAGCUCACUAGGUAAAAUAUUCACCUAUUCCCAAUUUGCAGUGCCAUUUUACGUCUGGGUAAUUCUCCUGUUUUUGCGGAUAGGCUUUCAAAAUGUGGACAAAGUAGGGUGGGUAUUCUUCAUAGCUUUCGUUGCAUAUUCAGUGCAGCAUCGCAAGAACUUGAGAGAAAAAAGCGAUAUAUGUGGCAACUCAUUUGAGGAUUUCCUAGUGUUGCUGAUUUAUCCACUAGCAGUUGUUCAAAUGAAUGAAGAGAUUGUGGAAAAGAAAGUGCCGCCAAAUAGUCCCACAAUGUCAAAUCCUGCUUUUUGCAAAGAAGAUGUCGAGUAUUGCGGAGAUGUCUACGAACCAGGAGAAAUAGGGAACGUCAGUGAAGCGGUCAUGUUUUAGAUAAAUCUGCAUUAAGUAUAAUUUAUCGUUUUGAUUUUAAAUUAAACACACUUUUUGUCCAGUAGCUGUUUUAUCAACUUUGUCUCCAGGACGUUUUUCUCUUUCGGGCAAUCUCAGACGGCGCGAUUGUGAGAAAGAGAAAAAGAGCUUUGGGAGCGAGGUUGGCUGUCAUAUGUAUAUAUCAUUUUAUGCUAAUAUUAUUUGAACUUUCUAAACAUUUAUUUAUCUUUUGAUAGACGUGUGUGAUUCGCUUAUUAAUCCGCUGUGAAAGCAAACACGCGUUUUAAUCCUUCUUUAAGCUUUGAUAAAUGCAGUCAAUUUUGUUAACGCUAUUGAGAUACGACCACUGUACAUAUUCUCAUUUGUUUACAUCAUGUGAUUUCUAUAGAUUCGCGUGACUUUAUACCGUCACUUUUGUUGUGCCGUUGUAGUUGUAAUUUUAUGGAGAUAAAAGAUUAAGUGAAGAGAGCAUUUUUAUUCCCAGGG